GGUUGUCGGUUGUUGGUUGUUGGUUGUCGGUGCACACGCGCAGUGCUGCGAACUUCUGUAACUGAAACGCCAGCCAGCUAACAAAACCAGUUAUAAGUCAACUUUCAUUCCAAGCAGACGUGUCAGAAGUACGGAUUGUAUCGCAUAGGAUCGUGUUUUUCUGUUUUUGUGUGUUGUGUUUGGCAACAGCGAACUCCGUUCGAAAUAUAUAGUGGUUAUAUGUAUAUAUAAUACAAUAAUAAUAAUAAUACAUGUGUGGUAUACAUAACUAAAAUAGAGAAGUGUUUGCAUAAGUGUUAAGCAGCGGUGAUGCUUAAGCUUCAGCUUCAUAACUGCAACGAAUAAUAAUCAAAAAGCCAAUAUAACAUCAACAACAACAGCAACAACAACAGCAACAAUAACAACAACAACUCGACAACUCGACAACUCGACAACAACAAUGUUUGGCUUUUGCCACAAGUUAUUGUUCAUCUCAACAACACCUCGACUACUGGACUAUAACAACAACAGCAGCAGCAACAACAGCAACAUAUGGCAGAGAGCCAUGGCCUUUUCAAAGCAUAUGCAUAUUCAAUUCAUAAUGCUUAUAAUGAUGAUGAUGUCGCUGAUUACAGCCGGAAAUUGCCACAUCUGUGGUCCACCGGCUGUGCCGCUGAAUGCCAAAGUACGUACGGUGAGUGGUGAAACUGGUAUCUCGGAGGCUCAUUACACAUGCGAUGCUGGCUACGAGCUGUUCGGUCCGUCAACGAUCAAGUGUGACGCGACCGCCGGCUGGGAACGGGAUCUGCCAUUCUGUGGCGUCAAUGUUGCUUACCGCAAGCCGGUUAAUCAAAGCUCCUACACACGCAGCGGUCCUGCCAGCUAUGCGAACGAUGGCAAGCCUGGCAAUAAGAAUCCCGAUGGACAGGAGUGCUCGGAAACACAAAAGGAACCCUCGCCGUGGUGGCGAGUGGAUCUCUUGACACCACAAACCGUGCACGUGGUCCGUAUCACGACACGUGGCUGUUGUGGCCAUCAGCCACUGCAAGAUCUGGAGAUUCGCGUGGGCAACAGCAGCGCAGAUCUGCAACGGAAUCCGCUGUGCGCCUGGUAUCCGGGCACAUUGGAUGAGGGCGUCGUGAAGACGUUCACGUGUGCCAGGCCCUUGGUGGGUCAGUAUGUGGCCAUUCAGCUGGUCGGUGUCGAGGGCAGUCUGAGCCUCUGCGAGGUGGAGACAUUCACCAACGAUGAGUUCUCCGUCGAUCGCUGUCUGAGCCCCAAAAUCGGUGUCGAUACCGUGGUGACAACAUUCUCCAAGACAUGCUACGACUUUCAUAUCACGAAAGGAGAAAGCUUCGAAAAAGCUCAAGCCAUUUGCAAGCAAACAGGCGGUAACUUGGUGCAUGAGUUUCGAGGCGCAACAAGUCAAUAUAUACUCUCGGAGUUAGAACGACGCAAGUCGGAACUGAAACCUCAAUUGGUUUGGAUUGGCGCACAAAAAGAGCCCGGCAUCACAUCGCGCACAUGGAAAUGGGUGAAUGGUGAAGUUGUGCAGAAACCCGCCUGGGGUAAGGAUCAGCCAAAUAAUUAUAAUGGCGAGCAGAACUGUGUUGUUUUCGAUGGCGGACGGAAUUGGCUCUGGAACGAUGUUGGCUGCAAUCUGGACUAUCUGCAUUUCAUUUGCCAGCACUCUCCUUUAUCCUGUGGCUCGCCGGAUGCGCAGCAGAACACAACAGUAUUGCACAAGAAGUUCACAUUGGGAGAGAAAAUCCAAUACGAGUGCCCAAAGGGACAUUCGCUGAUUGGCUUCGCUGAGCGCGAAUGCAAACCCGAUGGAGUCUGGAGCGGAUCAGCGCCCACUUGCAAAUACGUUGACUGCGGAGAAUUGCCCGAUCUGAAAUUCGGUUCGAUACAUUUGUCAGAGGAGCGAACCAGCUACAGUGUUGUGGCCACAUACAGUUGCCACGAGAAUUACACGUUGAUUGGCAACGAGAAUCGAACAUGCAUGCUCGAAGGCUGGAGUGGCAAGCAGCCAGAGUGUUUGGUCGACUGGUGUCCAGAUCCCCAGCAAAUCACCGGUGGCAAUGUGCGAUUCACGGACAAAAGAGCUGGCUCAACAGCCACGUAUGUUUGCGAACCCGGCUAUGUGCUUGUUGGCGAGGCGAUCAUUUCAUGCGGAUUGGGUGGCGAAUGGUCGAGCAAAACGCCGUCUUGUCGCUUUGUCGACUGCGGUGCACCAGCUCGACCUGAUCGAGGCAUUUCGAUAUUGAUCAACGGCACAACGACCGUCGAUUCGAUUGUGAAAUAUGAAUGCGAUGACGAUCAUUGGCUCGAUGGACCCUCGGAAUUGUAUUGCACCAGAGAUGGCAAGUGGUCAGGUGAAGCGCCCAUCUGUGAGCUUGUCACAUGCGAAACACCCCAAGUACCCGCCGGUUCCUUUGUCAUUGGCUACGACUACAAUGUGCACUCGAAAAUACAAUACAACUGUGAUCCAGGUCACAUAAUGCAUGGCACACCAGUGCUUGAGUGCUUGGACUCUGGCGACUGGAGCUCUGAGGCGCCCUUCUGCGAAUACAUUGACUGUGGCCCCACACUGCCUAUACCAUAUGGUAGCAUGAAGUAUGUGUCCAACACAACCUACGUUGGAUCCGAGGUGGUAUUUAGCUGCACGCAAUCACACAAACUGAGCGGAGUUGUUAAACGCAAAUGCCUCGAAUCGGGCACUUGGAGCGAUGCGCCGCCCAAAUGCGAAGAAAUUCGCUGUCAUGAGCCACUGUUGCCAUCGCAUAGUCUGCUCUCAGUCACGGGCAACGAUCGCAUGUAUGGACGCACUCUUAUACGCACCGCAGAAUCCAUUCAGAAUCCGGCACAAACAUACAAAAUUGGCGCUUUGGCCAAGUAUCGUUGCGAGCGUGGCUAUAAAAUGGUGGGAGAAGCGUUGGCCACAUGCACAGACAAUGGACAAUGGAGCGGCGUAAUUCCGGAGUGUGUAUAUGUGGAAUGCGGUACACCUGAGAACAUAGUGGACGGCAAAGUGACGCUGGCCACAAAUGCAACGUACUAUGGAGCCGCAGUGCUCUACGAAUGCAAUGUGAACUUCAAGUUGAACGGCGUCUCGAGACGUUUGUGCACCGAGCACGGCAAUUGGAGUCAUGAGGCACCAAAGUGCACCGAAGUCGUCUGCGAUACUCCAACGUUGACUGACAGUUUGCUAGUGGAGGCGGGAACUCGUGCAGUGGGCUCCAUGGCCACCUUCAGUUGUGCCAAGGGACGAAUUCUGGUUGGCAACGAUACUCGCACAUGCCAAAAGAAUGGAAAAUGGACCGGCAAAAGUCCAAGCUGCAGACCCGUGGACUGCGGUCGUCCAUUGGCCAUCGACAAUGGUCGCGUCAUUGUGGUCAACGACUCAACUUUAUAUGGAGGAUCUGCCGAGUAUCAUUGCAUUCCCAACUACAAUCGCAUAGGACAAUAUCUGCGCAAGUGCACCGAGGACGGUGCCUGGAGUGGCAAACAGCCGCACUGUGAAUUGGCCACCGUCGAGGGACAGGAGAGCUCGGAGUUGGGCACAAGUGUGGCCAUUGGUGCCACCAUCAUCAUUGGACUGCUUGUGGUCGUCGGUCUUAUUUUCUUGUAUCGCAAUAAGGCAAGACCUGUUAAGAAUACUGAGAAUAUUCAAGCGGCUGAAACGAAGGAUGAACGCAACGCUGCUGUCAUGUCAUAUUCCACACUCGAGGCCAACAAUCGAAUGAAUACGUAUAACAAUAAUUCCACCGCGACUUUUAACACGUUCCAAGGCGGAUCGGCAGGCGGACGAGGCGCCAGCAACAAUAAUAAUAAUGCCGAUAGUGAGCAAAUGAAUAAUCGCUCCGAAAACAUUUACGACCAAAUACCAAAUGAACAGUUUUACGAUGCACCCUACGAGAUGCGAACGAAUGAUGAGGUCUACGAACCCGAACCAGUAUCCAGUAAUGUGAUCACAAUAAAUGGCAUUUCUGUGCGAUGAAAAACAGAGAAGCAUGCAAAUUCCCGAGAUUGAGCGGGUUCAAUUAAUUGAUCGAUCAAUCGAUUGAUCGAUCAAUGUUAAUUUGUGUUUAUAAAUGUGUAUAGUAAUUUUAGAAAAGGACAUAAGUAAUUCGUAGUUAAAAGCAACAAAUUAUCGCCAGCUGUCCACGCUUCAUACUCAAAUACUAUGUUUAUUCAUAUGUGUAUAUGUAUAUAUAUAGUAGAUGCAUUCAUAUGUAGAAUAUACUAAUCGUAUGCAUACACACACACACACACGUAGUAUAAUGGUUGAGUGUGAUCACGUACUGAUUUCUUAAAAACAACAAACAAAACAAAACAAAACAAAAAUCAACUCCUUUUUUUUAAAGUUGAACAUGGAAAUUAAGUCACGAGGCCACUAAAUUAAAACAAAAAGAAAUUAGAGCACGAUUUCCGUUCCAUGUUUUCUUCCUUAAUUAUUUUUUUUUUUUAUAAUUAUUAUGUAUUAUAUAAAAUGUGUAUGUAUGUAUAAUCAGAAUGUAAUAUUUUGUUAUGCAAUGUGUAAGUACUCGUUAAUGCUUAAGUAAAAAGAACAUGUUUUACUUAAAUAAAUAUGUGGUUAACUAAUUUAUUAUGAUUAACAUAAACUGCGCCUAUUUAUUCAUUCAUAUUUACUGCGGGAUCUUUUCUUAAGGGUUUUCAAAUUUGCAAUGCUAUCAAAAUGAAACAAAAAGAAAAAUCAAUCAAAACAAAAAAAUCAACUUGUCUUAUUAGGAUAUCUUGUAGUCGAGUAUUCUCUGCCAAUUUAUUUGCCCCAUAAUUUUCAACUCUUUGUUUGAUCAAUAGUUCCUUGAGAAAUGUGUUGCCUAGAGCAUAAGCAAUAGUUGAGUACACAAAUUCAAUUAUGCAACAUUUUAACAAAAUUUCGGUCAUUUUAUUAAAAUUGUAAUAUUGAAAGUUUGGAUUUUAAAUUGCAUACGUAUGAAUCAAAUUAUAAACGCUAAAAACAAUGGCCAGAAAAGGAGGAGCACAA